AUGGAAGCUGCCUUGGCCUUCCAUCCUCCUCUGGACGGCUUCCACUUCGUGGGCGUGAUCGGCCGGGGCGGCUACGGCCUGGUGAAGCUGGCCCGGCACCUGGCGACGGGCAAGUACGUGGCCGUAAAGAUCCUCCUGCGAGGCACCUCUCCCAGCAGCCCGCUGUCCGCGCAGGGGGAAGCGGACAUCCUGAGGAGCCUGCGGCACGACAACAUCGUGCGGCUGCUGGAGGAGCGGCACACCAGGACGCACCUGUUCCUGGUCAUGGAGCUGGCGAGCAGGGGCUCGCUCCGGCACUACGUGCUGCGGCGGGGCGGCCUGGCCGAGGCCGAGGCCAGGACCCUGUUCGGCCAGGCGCUGGCCGCCGUGAGCUACUGCCAUGGCCAGCGCGUGGCGCACCGGGACCUCAAGCUGGCCAACCUGCUGCUGGACGCGCAGCUGAACCUCAAGCUGGCGGACUUCGGCCAGAGCCUGCGGCUGGAGCAGGGCACGCUGGUAAGGGGCUCCUGGGGGACCCCCGAGUACUGCGCCCCCGAGGUGUUCCUCGGGGAGGACUACGACCCCUUUAAGGCCGACGUGUGGAGCCUGGGGGUGGUGCUGUUUGCCAUGCUGGCGGCCACGCUGCCCUUCCACGGCAAGGACACGGACGAGCUGCGGGACACGGUGCUGUCCGGCCGCUACGUGCUGCCGCGUGCCGUCAGCCCGGCCCUGCAGGAGCUGCUGGCCUGGCUGCUCACCGUCGACGCCUCGGGGAGGCCGAGCACCGGGACCGAGGGGACGCCAGGCCCUCGGCCCCACGGCCCCGCGUCCCUGCCCGAGUCCUCCCAGAGCGGCGAGCGCCACCCCACACAGGACGACGGCUUGGCUCUGGUGUCGGUGUCCGGUGACAGCAUGGGCGUCGACGACGUUUCCUCCGCACAAAGCGACUCCUCCGAGGCCUCCAGCCAGCCACAGCAGGAGCGGAGCCGUGCUCUCAGCCCAGCCCCCGACUCCUCCGAGGCCCCCAGCCAGCCACCGCAGGAGCGGAGCCCUGCUCCCAGCGCAGUGCCCGACUCCUCCGAGGCCCCCAGCCAGCCACCGCAGGAGUGGCGCCCUGCUCCCAGCACAGCCCCUGAGCCAGCCUCCAAGACAUCGCCCUGCAGCCCCAGUGCCAAGAGCCCUGUGCACCUCACAGAGCCAGAAGCCGCCGCAGCAGCCCGUGAGCCUGAGGAGCCUGGGACCACAGCCACCACUGACACCGCAGCCAGCGCCCAGGGCAAGAGGAAGGGCCGGCGCGGGGUCGGCAGGAGGAUCCUCCGGUUCCUGCUGAGGGCCUGCUGCGUCCUGCCCUCCCGAGGGAGCAGCCCUGGCCGCUGCUGCAGAGUGGUCCCCAAGUAG